AAAAGUUUAAAAACAUUCUCAAUUGGAUCAAACAAAUAGUGUACAUACCACCCUGCCAAGAAUAUCACUGGAAUUGGAUGCUGUUUGUUUACAGGCGGUCAGUUCAAAACCACCCUGGUCGCUCGCAAUUAUGGGGACAUGUGAGGUUUAUCGUUCUUUCCCUUCGGAAUCUAAGGACAACGACCAAAAAGUCAACAAUUUUCCUAUUAGAGAAUCGAGCGUUUUGCAUGUAGUUAUUUCAGAAUCAGAACUAACAGAAUUACCAUUACCAACUUAUGUUUGCGAGUUAUGUGGAAUCAAAGUGAAAACAAAAGCUAACUUACGGGCUCAUCAGAUUAAAACUCAUAAGAUCAUGAAGAAUGCAAAAGACGUAGCAUUUUAUUCCAAGCAAAGGUAUAAUGUUAGUUAUAUCUAUCAUUGCCCUGUGGCUACAUGUAAACACAAUAUUGGUUUAGGCGGUGGAUUCAGCACUUACUGGAGAUUAAAACAGCAUUACCAGCAUGUUCAUAUGCAGAAAAGUUACCAGUGUAACAAAUGUAAACAUUUCUUCCCUACUCCCUCAUAUCAUGCCUAUCAUCAAAAACUAUGUGGAGCAACGUAUUCUUGUUCAGUUUGUUUCAGGUCUUAUUCAAGUAAAAAGCACUUACUUCAGCAUUACCGAAGAAGUGGGCACAGUAAUAAUUUAUCUCUUAAUUCUAUUCCUAAAGUCGAAAAUACUCCAAACAGAUCGCCUUCGAAGAAUACAUCAAUCCCAAGCUCGUAUGUUGCACGUAAUCCUAUCCCUCCUAGUGGAUCAUGUGGCCCAUUAGUUCUCCCACUUCUUAUUUUACCAGUUACUGUACCUAACGUAAGUGAUGUGAAUGUAGAAAAUCUGAACAGCAAUGUUUUGGGGUGUUUGAAUAUGAACUUUUUAUGUACAAGUGCUCUUUCGGCUCUUCGUACACUUUCAACACAAAUCUUUCCGAAUCCAAAUGUCCAGGUUAAUCUCUCUGAAUCUACAAUAAAUUCGAGCGAUACGUCAGUCGUUUUAAAACCCGAUUUAGGAAAUUUCUGCAAUCUUUACGCAGUCCCUGUAAACAAUUCUUCUUUGGAGGCCUCAACACAAACUGAACAGUUAUAUACACCGAUCACUAUAUCACAACCAUGCUCUCAUACACUCCAGACACACGAACUUGUGUCUGUGAACACAUGCACCGAUGAGGAUGACAUCAGUUCAUUCAUUGGUGGUCUCUUCUGUAAUGCUGCAGUAGAAGCCAAUCUUCCUCACGCAAGUACAGUAUAUGAUAACUACGAAGUUAGACAAGAACGAAAGUUGUCUUACGAGACCAAACAGGUCACAUUGGGUCCCCUCAACGAACACCACCCUUGUUCAUCACUAAAGCCAACCAAAAACUCGGUUCAGUCGAGCGACUACAUCUCUCUUACUGGGUGCUCAAAUAAUGGUGUGGAUCAAGAAAUUCAAGCAAGGUUGCUGCCACUACGUGAAAACGCUGCUAUGCAGACCGAUGUUAUGGAAAAUUUAAAUGCUGAAAUUGCUACUCAUUAUCCUCACUCCGAUCACAGUACUUACUUUACUCCAAGCAGAAUGCUUGAAACACCACCUCCUCCUAUGUUACAAAGUACUGUUUCACUUGGAACUCAUUUAAGUACUGCAUGCCAAACUUUACAUCGUUUGCUGAAUGAAGCGAAAAUUUCAGACAACCAAUCUCCUCUUAUGGAGAUAUUAAACAUGGAUACAAUAACAGAUUCCGGUACUCGGGCUUGUGUUAAUGUAAUAAAUUAUUCUGGUUAUGAUUUACCUGGUUCGACGGAUCCAAUGUUACAAUGCUCAUCUACAUCAUCUAUCAAAAAUUCUGUACAAACUAAUACUGUACCCACUUCCUGUGAUAAUUCACAGUAUUGCAAUUUGAACACUGUGGAAACAACGACGCAGCAUGAUUGGUCAGCUAAUGUAGAUUUCACUCACAAUCAAACUCAAACAAUUGAUGAAGAUAUAGAAUUGUGGUUGAACAGUGUUGAAACACAAACAAAUCUAGCGUUAUUUGAUCCCAGUUUCUUUUCAGAUAUAUGUGUUGGAGUGGACGAUGAUUUUUUCCAGUCCUAGUUCAUCCUACAAAAAUAGUUUGUUUUAUUCAAGACUCUUGUUAUCACCGCCUAUGUGUACCAUUUAUGUCACGUGGACUAGCUUGAUUUCAGUGACUUGACAACAUCUCUUCCUACCAUAUCAUUGCAUACAAAGGAUAUAUAUAUAUAUAUAUAUAUAUAUAUAUAUAUUCAGUGCACUCAUCAUAACUAUUUCUUUAUUUCGUAUAUUUCUAGAACAAAAUUUAUGGUCUUUUUCUAUUGGUUUAUCAUUUUGAUUUUAAUUUUGUUUCUCUUUGUUUUGCUUUGAUUAUUUUGUAUUUGUAGAAAAUUCGUACACCAUAUUUAGUCAUUGGUUUCAUUAACCCUACUGCUUGCAGCUCGAUAAAUUAUACUCAUUUUACUUUUUUAUGUCUUUUACUUUAUCGAUAUGCUACUAACGCGCUUGUUUAUUUAUUUUACCAGUUUAUCAAUGCAAUAACUUUACUAAGUUUUUUUAAUUCAGAUCGAAUACGUUAGAAUUGGGAUAUAUUUAUCACUAAAUAACGACGUAGUAUAAUUUCAUGUGAUUUACUUUUAUUUUACUGGUAUACAGUCAUAUAACUGUCUCACAAGUGUAGAGAAAUUCGACUACUUAAGAAAGUAGUUUAGAAUCAAAUAUGUUACAAGUAUUAUCAGCUAUUGGAGAUUAUUAACCUAGUACUUAUUACUGAUGAGUAUCUAGUUAUUGUGGGAAGCAAACGUUACAAAAUUUACCUCGUGAAAUUCUCUGGUUUUAUAAUUAUAUGCAAAUAAAUUAAAGCAUGCUCAAUGCACGAUUGCUUUGGCGCACACUGGUUGGUUAAUUCUUAUCCAAUCAGCGCUAGUCGAUAAUUGGAGAACACUAGAACCUUCUCAUGUAAAAACUAUAAAUAUACUGACGUUUUUCCUACUGUGGUUCUUACUUCCAUGUAACCUUGUCAUUUGGGAUAUAUUCUCUUUCCUGUUCAACCGUGUUCUGAU